CCACCCCCCCUUUUGGGGACGUCCAGCGGCGCGCCCUCGUUAAGUGAAGAGUCAACAAAAUAGUCUGGGGACGAUUGUUCUACCAUGUUCGACCAUGUGGGAACAUCCAAAAAUCCGCCUGUAGGGGGACAUGCCCGACCUAAAGGUACUGGCAGACGUCAACACAAGUUUCUGGAGAUCCGCGCGGAUGCCGUGGGUCUGCGCUGCGCCCCCCGCCCCUGGCGCGCGCGAAGCGCGCCGGGGGCGGCGCCGGAGGCACCGCCAGAGGCCUGCAGCGCCGAUCCCAAGAAGUCAUCGCGGACCUCCGAAGCUUCACGUUUACAUGCCAGCGCUUGCUUCAGGAGAGGGAAGAACAACCACACAGACACAAUGCAUCGUCGACUCCCGGGAAAAUACGGGAGGUUGUGGGGAGAGGUUGGUGGGGGGACGACGAACACCCAGAACAUGUGCGGGAACAUAUGGGGGAUCCUGGGAUUUGUCUGUGUGUGUGUGUUUCGUUGUGCGUGUGUCCUUGGGCCCCUUCGCUGUUGCUGGAGAGGAGGAGGCCGCGUCGCUGCUGGCGGGCCCACGGGCGCCCGAGCUGCUGCGCGCCAGGAGCCUCCGCGGCAUGACGCCGCUGAUGCUGGUCGGCGCCGGCGCCUGCUCUCCAGGGCUCGCCGAGAGGAUGCUGGCCCUCGGGGCGGAGGCGGCCGGAGUCUCCCUGCGCAGCCACAAGGGCCGCACGGCGGCGGACUACGCGGAGCUGCACGGUCGCCCGGAGCUGGCGCUGCGGCUGCGGGCGCUCAUGGCGCAGAGGCUCGCCGAGGGUGGUCGGGCGUUGUGUGGCGUGUGCGGGGUGGAGGUGGCUCGGCGCCCGAAGCUCCACGAGGUCGUUGCACGCUGCAGCAGCGGCGAGGAGCGGAAUGCGCUGCUGGUGGACUUCUGCACCACCCGCUGCGGCGUCGUCUCGACCCUGCUGCACCCGCACUUCCACCCGCUCAACGACGAUGAGAAGCUGCGCAAGAAGUUGACCCAGUCGCUGGGCGUGCUGCAGGCGCUUGAGCAGCUCGUCCCUGACCUGGACGGCUGGCAUGUGAUCGAUUUAUGUAGCGGGAAGUCUCUGACGUCGACGUUGGUCGCUCUUCAGCAUCCCACCGUCACGGUGACCGCGGUGGACCGCUUGUCCCAGGCGCACUUACCGCAUUGGACAGAGGCGGGACUUGAUAAUGCAUUGUACAAGCGCCUUGAUGUUAUGGCGGAAGACUUCAUGGACCAGCUCGCAAACACUGUGGCCGCGUCGGGCAGGCCGGUGGCGGUACUUGGAAUGCACUUAUGCGGAAGUUUGAGCGAGCGGGCCGUGGAGGUGUUUCAAACAAUGCCGCUGGUACGCGCUUGCAUCCUAUCACCCUGUUGCCUGCCGCCGCUGCACAAAGCGCCUCCAUCUGUGGCGCCGCUAUACCGUACCGGCGCGCAGGACGACGAGCAAUACCACGCUUGGUGCGCUCACCUGGAGCGAUCGCUGGGCGCAGGGAAUGGGGUAAUCGGAAGACGCAAUGAAUAGGGGUGGAUAUCUUGGGGGGGUUUUGUUCGCACUCGGUCUCCAGCAUGGUCGGGUAGCCAAGACAGCGGAGCCGAGGGAUGCGCGCAGUGCUUUGCCCAGGGUAGACACUCUUGUUGCUGCCCCCAAGGUGAGUGUCGCCAGCCGCCAAAUCGAGGAGAUGCUAACGAUCAAGUCUACAGUGCUGAGUGCCUCCAAGCCACCCCUCAGCCCGGCGGAGGCUGCAGAGGCAGCGGCCGCCGCCGCGGCGGCCGCAGCACGCAGCGUUCUGCCUGCGCGCCUCUUCGUACGGCUGCUGUUCGGCACCGACCAGCAGCUGCAGUGCCACGGGGAGUACACGCUGGAGGCCUCAGACAGUGAGCAGCCCGUCUGGCGGCACGUCGGCGAGGAUCGGUCGAUCCACCUUGGCGCCGACGGGCUCUGGCGCAUCAGUGACAGCAGCGGCGAGCACUUUGCGCAGCACCCCGCAGCGGUGGGGGCGUCUGCGCGCGGCCCCGACACGCUCCCGCACGAGCAGCUGGGGGCGUGGGAGAGGCGCGACGCAAAGAAGCGGCGGUGGCUGACGGACGGCGCCCUCGCUGUGACGCUGACGGAGAGGCGGAGGAAGCUUUCCAGCAGCCCGCCGCGGCGGGGUCGGAGUCGGCAAAAACGCGGUCGCCUGCACGGGCACAAGCGCGCGCUCGGUUCGGCGGCUGCGUUGCACGGGUGUCGCACGUGGUGUCCCACCUGAUCCUCCAGAUCCUCCUCUCUCUCUCUCUCUCUCUCUCCCUCCCCCAUCCCACAUGCCUACGAAUGCUUCCCCUCGUCGUACCACACGACGCGUCGGCAGGGCCGUCCUCCUGAGACUUCCCCGCAGCGUACGAUUCUAGACGUGGCGAGUCCAACCUCAACACAGAUAGAUGGAGCACUGGUCGUUGUUUCACCAUGUGUCUUUCAUGUCAGCGACGCGCUCAUUCGCCAUACAAGCACCCAGCACGUGUGUGGCGCAAGCGCAGUCCGUUUCUAUGGUUCUCGCAUCAGAGCCGCCCACAUUCGUCCCAUCAUGCGCCAACCGUCAAACGGAUGGAGUGCGGAUGGUUCACCCAAUAUUGCUCUCGAUUUCGCGCUGCGCCUCGUUCUUUGC